AUGGCCUCUGGUGGGAGAUGGGAAUGCCUAAAGGUGCCGAACGUCUUCGAUCAGCGCAUGGAAGGGCGUGCUGCUCACACUGCUGCUGUCAUCGGAGACACCAUGUACAUCUUUGGAGGUUGCACGGGGUCUCAUCUCUACUCUGGCCGGAUGUGGACUGUGGACCUUGCGGACAUUGUUCGGCGAAUCAAUGCCAUCCCCUGUGAAGACGAGGUUGACUUCGUCCCCACCACAUCCAAACUUAACUUGAGAACCGAUCCAUAUGCCUCAGCACUUGUGGGAUUUCGUGCUGAGGGCGAUGCUGAGAUAAGGGGAGCCACUGCCCCAAAAAUGUCGGUUGGGCAUUUUGAGGACAUGACACAAAAGAAGAGGAAGCGCGCCGUCAGGGCCAAGCGUGCUGGAUCGCCAGAGGUGCCCAUUGCUGGCCGCCAGUUGAUGAGGACUUUGUCCGACAGGGGAUAUACCAGUGCUGAGCGCGAGCUGCGAAUACAGAGCAUGCCAACAGAGACAAUUCCCUGGCUGGCAGAUGUGUCUCUUGAAUUGAGCGAUGGUGACGCCGACAAACUGACUGGAACUGAUAUUUCCUCAAGGUCCCUCGAAGCCAUGGUGUUGGAGCCAAAGUCAUUUGAUAGUAACAUAUCGAUCGAUGAAGUGAAACAGAGCCUUGAGAAGCUGUCUAUUGAGAAGGAGACCCUGGGGACCAAGCUGGAGAAGGCAGAGAGCACUUCCGACCAGUAUGCAAAGGAGAAUGAACAGUUGAAGAAAGAGCUGGAGGAGCUCAAGGAGGCCAACAAAGUGCAAGAGGAAGCCAUCAAGGAGCAGAAGGUCACGAUCGAGGACCAAGAACAGCGCAUCGAGUGCCUUGUGGCGCGGCAGGACGACAAAGAUGAAGGGCUGGAGGAGUUGCGGGCAACUUCCUCCUCCACAAUCAGGGAGCUGCAGCAGCGGAUCGCUGACCUGGAGGAAGAGGUAGUGGAGGCACAAGAGGAGGGCAAGCGAGUGGUCAAGGAAUACGAACAGGCCUCUGAAGAGGUCAUCGAAGAGAUGGAGGCCAGCAUUGGCCAGAACCAGAUCAAGCUAGCACAGCAGCAGACAAAAAUCACUCAGCAGGGCGUCCAGCUCUCCGAUAUGCAGAUCCGCAUCGCCCGCAAGGAGGCAACCAUAGCACAGCAGGAGGGUACGAUCGCAGAGCAGGACAGCAAGCUGGAGAUAGCGAAUGCCAGGAUCGCACAGUUGGAGGGCAUUGUGGAGGAGCUGAAGGCAGCAGCUGUGAGAAUUCAGGAGGAGAGGUCGAAAUUGAGAGAGGAGGCUGUGAGGGAGGCAUCGAAGGACUGCAAAGCGCUAUCAGAGAAGUAUGCAGCAGAGAAGGAAUAUUGGGAACAGCAGCUGAGGGACUCCAAGAAUGAGGUGGACACUGCAAAGCGGGCACAUGGAGUCUGUGAGGAGCAGCUGGACGAGCUCACGUUGAAGCAUGAGGCUGCCCAGAAGGAGCAUGCAGAGGCUGUGCAAGAUUUCGAGCACUUGUGCUGCGCCCUGCGGAACGACCUGAACGUCCAGCUGGCGCAGCAGCAGGCCUCCACGGACCAGGACAUUGCCGUUCUGAAGGACCAGAUCCACAAGAAGGACAUAGCGAUGCGGCGCAUGCAAGAGGACCAUGAGGCCAAGGUGGCCGACUUCGAAAAUCUACGCUCGGUGCUGGUCAGUGAGAUGAACCUCCAGCUCUCCAACAUCCAGGCCACCAAGGACAAGGAGAUCGUGGAUCUGACACAGCGGCUGAAGGACGGGGAAGCAGCGAUGCAGGCCCUGCAGGCUGAGUGUGAGACCAAGCUCUCUGAGAAAUGCGUCGAGAUGGCAAAGCUGCAGGAGGAGGCGGCACAGGAGCGGGAGGCGCUGCUGCAGGAGUGCCAGUCCGCAGAGGCCCGGGUUGCUGAGGAAUGCGCAGGGAGGGCAGCGGAGAAGGAGGCCCGAACAAAGGAAGUUGCUGAACUUCGAGAGGCUAUCAAAGAGAGGGAUGCGCGGCUGCAGGAGAUUGAGGAGGAGCAAGUGACAAUGCUGAGCGCCCUGGGGGAUAACAUGGCCAAUCAGCGCCUGUACAUUCAAGACCUCGCGAAGAAGUACCUGGGCGAGCUGAUUGCCUUGGAAGAACAGAACGCCACAGAGAUUGCCGACAUUAUUCGCCAUGUCAAUAAAUGA